AUGUGUUGUGACUACUACUAUGUACAUCUUAUACCACUAAAACAGCUAGCCGCCCGAGAUCGGCGGAAUCAAGGCGACCUCGUCCCGGUGUUCGAGGACGGGAUCGGCGUCGACGCUCACAUACUGCUGGUUGAUGGCCAGCGGCAGCUCGAGCGCGUGCUCGCCCAGCAGCUUGAACCGCGCCGCGAUGGCCUGCCGCAGCGCCGUCGUCUUGCUGCCCUCGGGCAGCUCCGCCUGCCACUCGUCGACGCCGGCGGCGGCCUUGGCCGACGCGAAGAAGACGACCUUCACUUUUAUGGUGCUCGGCAUCGGUACGGCUGCGCGCGCUGCGUUACAAUCUGUACGGCUCCGCGCGCUGCGACGUCUGCACAAGCCCUUGUUGAGAUUGGCCUCUGUGCGCGCGCUGGCGGCGUGCGGCACUAACUGAUUAGACAGGGUCGUUGAUCUGUCACUGCUGGCGACCUGUUCGCGACGCGUGCGGUGCAGGCGUGCGGUCUACGCCGCUUCGCGCUCGUGCUGCCUUGCG